CGGGGGGAGGGUUAGGGGGAUGGCGCGGACCCCGGGGCCGGCACCGCCGUAUCCCGGAGGCGGCAAAGCACAACUUUCCUCCGCUUCUCCCCCCGGAGCCCAGCUCCUCUCGCUGCCGCCGCCGCUGCUGCUGUUGCUGCUCUUACCGCUGUUCUUCUUUUCCCGGUUCUGCGGUGCCUUAGCUGGACCGAUUAUCGUGGAGCCGUACGUCACAGCAGUGUGGGGGAAGAAUGUUUCACUGAAGUGUAUAAUUGAAGUAAAUGAAACAAUAACACAAGUUUCAUGGGAGAAGAUCCAAGGCAGAAGUUCACAGACUGUUGCAGUUCAUCAUCCUCAAUAUGGAUUUUCUGUUCAAGAGGCCUAUCAAGGGAGAGUCUUAUUUAAAAAUCAUUCACUUAACGAUGCAACAAUUAUUCUCCGCAACAUAGACUUCUCUGAUGCAGGAGAAUAUAUAUGCAAAGCAGUUACAUUCCCAUUAGGAAAUGCACAGUCAUCUACAACUGUAACUGUACUGGUUGAACCUACUGUGAGCUUAAAAAAAGGACCAUACCCUUUAAUUGAUGGUGGAAAUGAAACAGUAGCAGCCAUUUGUACAGCAGCCACCGGAAAACCAGUUGCACAGAUAGACUGGGAAGGUGAUCUUGGUGAAAUGGAAUCCACUGUAACUUCUUUUCCAAAUGAGACUGUGACAAUCGUAAGCCAAUAUAAGCUUAUUCCAACGAAAUUUGCUCGAGGAAGACGUAUUACUUGUGUUGUGAGACAUCCUGCUUUGGAAAAGGAAAUUCGAUAUUCUUUUAUGUUGGAUAUACAGUAUGCCCCUGAAGUUUCAGUCACAGGGUAUGAUGGGAAUUGGUUUGUUGGAAGAAUGAAUGUUAAUCUUAAGUGUAAUGCAGAUGCAAAUCCACCACCUUCACAGUCUAAAUGGAGCAGGUUGGAUGGACAGUGGCCUGAUGGUUUAGAGACUUCAGAGAAUACUCUGUAUUUUAUCAAUCCACUGACUUACAAUUAUUCCGGUGUUUAUAUCUGUAAGGUUACAAAUUCCCUUGGCCAACGAAGUGCCCAAAAGAUCAUCUACAUAUUAGAUCCUCCUACUACUACCACCCUACCACCUACAGUUCAGUGGCGUUUCUCAACAGUUGAAUUUGAAGAUGUAGAUGCACCACCUAAAAAAUUGCCUUUCCCAUUAUCAACUUUGGCAACAAUUAAGGAUGGCACAAUUGGCACCAUCAUCGGUGGUGCAGUGGGUGGGGCUCUCUUCCUGAUACUUGUAAGUGUUUUGGUUGGAAUAUUCUUCUAUAGGAGAAGACGGACGUUCCGUGGUGACUACUUUGCUAAGAACUACAUUCCACCAUCAGAUAUGCAGAAAGAAUCGCAAAUUGAUGUUCUUCAUCAAGAUGAGCUUGAUUCUUACCCUGACAGUGUAAAAAAAGAAAAUAAACAUCCAGUUAACAAUCUAAUAUCUAAAGACUACUUAGAGGAACCUGAUAAAUCUCAGUGGAACAAUGUAGACAAUCUGAACAGGUUUGAAAGACCAAUGGAUUAUUAUGAAGAUAUAAAAAUGGGAAUGAAGUUUGUCGGUGAGGAGAGCUAUGAUGACAACGAAGAUGACUUAGUUUCACAUGUAGAUGGUUCAGUAAUUUCCAGGAGGGAGUGGUAUGUUUAGCAACCACUAAAUGAAAGUGACUCUGUACAAUGUUUCAUUCAUUUUAGUUGUGGAUCAUUUUCAGAUUGUUCAUACUUUUUCUUGAAGGAAAAAAUAAGCUUUUUGAAGUUGAUUUUCAAGCUUACUUUUUAUAUUCUAACUUGACAAAUGGAAAUGUAAAAUCUAGGUUAAAUGUAUCUGAGCUGCUUUAUAUUUUUUUUCAAUGCUGUACUACUGUCUCAAGAUUUGAAUUUUAAUGCAGAGUACUUUAUUGGUCUGUGGCACAGGUAAGAAGAAAAAUGUUAACUUAAAGUUAAAUGUAUAAUUUGUUUUGGUACAAAAAUUAAAAAAAAACAACUACUUUGGCAUUGUGUAUUAAAUGUUUACUUAAGACUAUAUUUUCAACUUUGUUUAACAUAUACCUCUUGAUCUCAAAAGUUUUCACCAUCAAAUGAUAUUACAUCAAAAUUGACUCUUAGAUUUGUUCAAGAAUUGUUUUUAUAUAUUCAAAAACAUU